AUUUAUCUAGUUGGUGGAGCGACGAGCAUCGGGAUCAACUACGGCCUGUUGGGAGACAACCUCCCGUCGCCGGACAGAUGCGUCAGCCUACUGAAGUCGAGGAACGUGAACCGGGUCCGGAUCUUCGACCCGAACCAAGACGUGCUCACUGCGUUGGCCAACGCCGGCGGGAUGGAGGUGGUUCUUGGGACGCUGAAUAGCGAUCUGGAGCAGCUGGCCAGCAACCCAUCUUACGCGGCCCAGUGGGUUUCGGCCCAUGUAGUCCCCUUUCGGGCCCGUUUGAAGUUCCGGUACAUUACGGCGGGAAACGAGGUCAUCCCAGGCCCACUGGCCCAUCUCGUGCUCGACGCGAUGAAGAAUCUCGACUCUGCUCUGAAAUCGGCACAAAUCACCGACGUCCCCGUCAGCACGGCGAUCAGCUUCGCGUCGAUCGGGAAAUCGUUUCCCCCGUCGGCGGGUGAAUUCUCCGACGAAUCGAAGCCGUACGUCGCUCCGGUGGUGGAAUUCCUCGCCGCGAACGGUUACCCGCUCUUGGCCAACGUGUACCCUUACUUUGCCUACAAGAGCGACCCGACGAACAUCGAUCGGGAAUACGCGUUGGGGAAUUCGGCGGCCGGCGGCGGCGGGAAGAGGGUGGUCGACGGAAAUUUGGAGUACCUGGGUUUGUUCGACGCGAUGGUGGACACGAUGUACGCUGCGGCGGAGAAGGUGAAGGGGGAGGCGGUGAAGGUUGUGGUGUCGGAGACAGGGUGGCCGAGCGCCGGAGCUGACGUGGCGACGGUGGAUAACGCGAGGACGUAUGUGAACAACGUGGCGGCGAAGGCCCGUUCCGGCGGCGGGACGCCGAGGCGGCUGGGGAGUGAAAUCGAGACGUAUUUGUUUGCUCUGUUCAAUGAGGAUUUGAAGGCGCAGGGGGAAGAGCAGAAUUUCGGGCUGUACCGACCCGAUUUGACGGAAGUUUACAAGGUCGAUUUGAAUUGA